AUGCAUUGGAGCAUCGAGGCACCACCAUCCAAGGCCCCUCCUUCCAAAUACUCGGACGUCUCCGGCCUGCCCGCGAAUUAUCUGGAUCCAGAGACAAAGUUGCGAUACGCGACAGCCGAGGAAUACUCCAUCAUUGGCGAGUUGCCGAGUGACAUCGUGACCGGAUAUUUGGCCCUUCGUAAGGCCCUACCCCCGACGUAAUAACGAGAAAAAGUCCCGAAAGAAAAGAAGCCAUGGCCAGCGGAGGGGAUUCCUUUGCCUACAUGGUGCCGAUCCUCGUGUCCAACCUGAACUUGGUCCGGGACGCGUUUGCGUGCGUGGGGAUCUUUUUCUGCAUGAAGCAUUUCUGCUCCUUCUCCUGGUCCCUUUGCAACGGGUUCGUGAAUUUCGUCUGGGCACGCAUCGUGCCGCAGGAGAAUCUGAGCGAGAAAUACGGGAAAUGGGCCCUCGUCACGGGUAGCACGGAUGGAAUCGGCAUGUCUUACGCCCGGGAACUGGCCCGCCGAGGCCUCAACAUCAUACUUGUGAGCCGGUGCAUGGAGAAGCUGAAGCGAACGGCGGCGGCGAUCGAGGCGGAUUUCGAAGUGGAGACGUUCGUGGUGCAGGCGGAUUUCGCGUCCGGUCCCGACGUCUACGACCACAUCAAGAAGGAGCUGGACGGGAAGGAGAUCGGGAUCCUGGUGAACAACGUCGGGGUCAUGCCCGAGUACCCCAAGUACUUCACCGAGCUCACGACGGAGAUGCUGUGGAAGCACGUGUUCGUGAACGUGGGAGCGGCCACCAUGAUGUCCCACCUCGUCCUUCCCCAGAUGAUGCUCAGGGGGAAGGGGGUGAUCGUGAACCUCUCCUCCGCCUCUGCCGUGGGGCCGUUGCCGCUGAUGUCGGUCUACAGUGCGUCGAAGGUCUACAUCGACUACUUGAGCAAGGCGUUGCACGAGGAGUACAGCAGGCACGGCGUCUUCGUCCAGAGCCUCAUGCCGUUCUACGUGAACACGAACAUGACCAAGUUCAGCGACACGUUGGCGUCCACGGGCUCCAUGUUUCCAGAUGCACCCACGUUCGCCCGGAGUGCCGUCUACACCCUCCCUUACGCGAGCUGGACCACGGGAUAUUGGUCCCACGGCGUCCAAUAUUGGCUCGUCACCUGGGUCAACACUUGGUGGUGGAUGAAGAUCGGCAAUCGGAUCCAACUCGCUCUCCGACGAGACGGACUCAAGAACAAGCAGCAGUAACGAAAUUGGAGUUACCUUUCUUCAGCGUUUUUCGAAGGUCCGCUCUUUGUUAUUUUUUAGAGCCCCUCCCCUCGAAAAUAUGGACGUUUAGAAAACGCUGCGGAUCUUCACGUAUACUUGCAUUUAUUUCUCAUAGUACCUAUAGGGAAAAGCCUCCUCGGUCUGACAGUAUUUUCAAGUUGUGACUAAUUUUAUUUUAUUUUUUGAAGAAAUAUCUGCUCAUUUCAUGUGAAUACAGUUCCUUAUAUCAGAA